UAGACUGAGAUUGAGAGGACAAACUGAAUGGGAAAAGAUGAAUAGAGAAGAAGAUAGAAGACAAGAAAAAAGGAGAAAACAAGCGACUGGCAGCAAAGGAGUUGGACCAAUAAGGGGGGAAAGAGUGAGAGCUGAGCAGUAUCAGGUUUGGAUUACAGGAAAUGAUAAUGACAACUCAAACCAAGAAUACAACUAAAAGUUCACAUUUAGAUAUCCUGUAUCUGAGCAAUAGACAGACAUAAAAUGGAACUGUUAUCUUUUUUAGGAAAUCAUUUUCUCAAAAAAAUGUAUAUGUAAAAAUAAACCAAGCAGCAGACACAGAUUGUUGCUGAAAAUUCUUCUUUUAGAUAGUGAGGCAUAGCAAUUAUAAUUCUAUACAAACUAGGAAACCUACUGACCUCUCUAAUGAUUGAUCAGAACUGGUACCACACUUGAAGCAAAAGUUGGUUUGGCAGUUCAGCAAGCAGGCCUAGAAUUGUUCAGAUCUGUGAAUGAUAAUCCAACCAAGCAUUCUAAGGUUUACUACAUUUUUGAGCAAACUUGACAAGGAAUUCAAUUGCAAUGUUCAAGUUUUGUCAAAAAAAAUACUGCUUGUAUAAAUCAAUUUAUUGUUGGACCAUUAAGAGUUGAAUACUACUGCUGGAUUUCUGGAGCUGUGUGACACGUGAGUUUUGUGAAUACGGACGGUUUUGAUGUUUUCUGUACAGCAAUCAGUUCCUCUGUCCUGAAUACCAGCCAACUGAUAAUAUGGACAAUGUGUGGGUCUACCUAACCUAUACUUACAAAACCUGGUUUUAUCAAGCGCAAGUUCCUCAACAGGAUGACAAAUAAGCAUCUUCAACCUACAUUCCUGACUUCAAAAGGGUAACAUGGUAGCAUUGGACAAGAGGUGAUUUCUCACAGUAGCAUGCCCCAGUGUGACAAUUCCUUUACUUAUUUAUUUAUUUAUUUUUUUUGUUGAAAUUUUCAUUGGCAACUGAGUGGAAAUAAAAAUGUCAUGGCAGUUGUGACUCACACUUCAAGCUUUUUAUGACCACAUGUCAAUACUGGAAACAGAUAAAAAAAAAAUAUAUAUAUAGUGUAUGUUUACGAGCUGUAACCGUGGACUCGUGUUGAAGAACCUGGACAUCAGUUAGAUGAUACAUGAAUGAGAUUUAACACCUGGGCUUCAAGACUAUUUUUGAUGUAUAGCGCUACCUCUCCGCCUCUUCUGUCCUGUGAUCUGUGUAUAGUUCUGCUAGGAUUCUUCAGGAGUCUUGACAGAAUGGUAGACUGCAUCAGCAAAGUCAUGCUUCACACGGCUAUAUCAUGCUGGCAACCAUUCCUAGGUUUGGCUCUUCUGGUAAUAUGCAUGGGGUCAGCCGUUGGAUGCCCUGCCCGCUGUGAAUGCUCGGCCCAGAGCAAAUCAGUUAUCUGCCACCGUAAACGUCUGAUCGACAUUCCAGAGGGAAUCCCUAUUGAGACUAAGAUUCUUGACCUCAGUAAGAACAAGUUAAAAAGUCUGAACCCAGAUGAGUUUGCUUCCUUUCCAUUAUUGGAGGAGUUAGACCUGAGUGACAAUAUCAUUGCUAAUGUUGAACCUGGAUCGUUUAACACCCUCUUCAACCUGCGAUCCCUCCGCUUGAAGAGCAAUCGAAUAAAGCUGAUCCCACUUGGGGUCUUUACUGGAUUAUCCAAUUUGACUGGACUGGAUAUCAGUGAGAACAAAAUUGUUAUUUUGCUGGAUUACAUGUUUCAGGAUUUACAUAAUUUGAAGUCCUUAGAGGUUGGGGACAAUGACCUGGUUUACAUUUCUCACCGGGCAUUUAGUGGGCUGUUGGGCCUGGAACAGCUGACAUUGGAGAAAUGCAACCUGACUGCAGUUCCAACAGAAGCACUAUCACACCUCCACAACCUUGUCAGCCUCAGGCUCAGCCAUCUCAGUAUCAACUCUCUGCAUGUGUACUCCUUUAAGAAACUAUUCCGAUUGAAGCAUUUGGAGAUAGACUACUGGCCUAUGCUGGAUGUGCUCCCUGUUAACAGCCUAUACGGCCUAAACCUUACAUCUCUGUCUAUCACCAACACCAACUUGUCCAUGGUACCAUUCCUGGCUUUCAAGCACCUGACUUAUCUCACACACCUCAACCUCUCUUUCAACCCCAUAGGCAAUAUUGAGGCGGGCAUGUUCAUAGAUUUGAUACAUCUUCAAGAGAUACGCAUGGUGGGGGCCCAGUUGCUUACCAUUGAAUCCCAUGCAUUCCAAGGCCUGAGGGCAUUGAGGGUUCUGAAUGUCUCACAAAACCUGCUUGAUACCUUGGAAGAGAGUGUGUUUCAGUCUCCAAGAACCCUUGAGAUGCUCUUCAUAGACAACAAUCCGCUGGCUUGUGAUUGCCGUCUCCUUUGGAUUCUGCAGAGAAGACGCACAUUGUUUUUUGGUGACACACAGCCUGUCUGUGUAGCGCCAGAGAACGUCAGAGGGAAGCAAUUUAAGGACUUUCAUGAUACAGUUCUUUCAUUUUACUUUACCUGUCAAAAGCCAAAAAUUCGGGAAAGGAAAAUGCAACAGCUGUUUGUCGAUGAAGGGCAGAUAGCUCAACUGUUGUGCAAUGCAGAUGGCGAUCCUUUGCCUGAUGUAUUCUGGAUCACACCACGCAGAAGACUUGUCACAGUGAAAUCUAAUGGAAGAGCUACAGUACUUAGAGAUGGUACACUCAAAAUUCAGUUUGCCCAAGUUCAGGAUAGUGGAACUUAUAUUUGUGUAGCCAGCAAUGCGGCUGGAAAUGACACUUUCUCUGCCUCCUUGACUGUGAAGGGCUUUCCAAGUGACAGGUCUCUUUAUGCCAACAGGACCUCAAUGUAUAUAACAGAUGCAAACAACACCAAUUAUAAUGGAACUAAUGUGUACAAUAUGACUUUUGCCCUGGACCUUAAGACAAUUUUAGUAUCCACUGCAAUGGGAUGCUUCACUUUCCUAGGAGUGGUCUUGUUUUGCUUCUUGUUGCUCUUUGUGUGGAGUCGAGGAAAAGGAAAGCACAAAAACAACAUAGACAUCGAGUACAUUCCUCGGAAGUCCAAUGGGGCUGUGGUGGAAGGGGCAGAGCAGGGAGGCCCACGUAGGUUCAACAUGAAAAUGAUUUAGAACUCGGCACCAACAGUUGCUUGGUAACCAGUUGACUAGCUGUGUUUUAACAUAGAACAACCUGUCAAGAAAGGCAGAUUGGACAGACUGGGCUUGUGGGGAUCACAGAUAAGCUGCCAGUAAACAUUAUUAGUUUGCUAACAAACUGGUGGACGAUUAAAUACUGUGGUGGCAUUCUUUUGAACUGAGAAAUAGACUGUUGGUUUAAGUCAAUUAGCAGCUAUUCAGCAUUUUGUAUUGCUUGCAGUGAAUCCUACAGUGCAGGAUUUACAUAUAAAAGACGUUUUAAAGAUCAUGUACAGUAUGCUUUGUAUUUAAAGAACAAAUUGUAUUUGUUAAGUCUUGCAUCAUACUUAAUUGUUGAUUCAACACUGCAAAGAAGUAUAUAUAAAACCGAAUGUCUUUUUUAUAUGUACUUCUGAUAAAUAAUCUUUUAAAGCAAUAUCAAUGAGAGACUGUGCUUUAGAAGUUAUGAUUUAGACUUCUCCAGGGGUACUGUCAGUAGAAUCAGACUAACUUUGACCUCACUUCUGAAACUCUCAAUUUGCUUUUGAUGGGAGGAGUUUAUAAAGUUACAGUAUCAACUAUAAAGAUUACACCUUUAAAGGUUCAGCUGGUUAUUUAUUGGAAACACCUCACAUGAAAUUAAUUUAUGUUCUGUUUCCAAUAUUUCGGUAAUAAAAUAAUUUUGGUAUUCUCUAAAGCAGCAUUUUUGAUUGAUAAUUCAUAGAAGAUAAAAUACUACUAUCUGUUUGGAUUUUGUAAUGUAAAAAAAAAAAAAAAAAAAAAAAGAUUGAUUCCUUAUCAGAUUAAUUUAAAAUGUACUGCUACGAUUGUUUAUAUUUAAUCUACAGACCUGUUUUAAACCCGAUUUAUUUGUAUGUGUGUGUGUGUUUGUUCAUUUAUUUACAUGUAACCCUUUGAACACUUAGUGAAUAUACAAUUAACGAAUUUGUAAGGUUGUAAACAUGUCAUAGUAAGACAUGAACAAACCUGAGAUGCAUUUAUCAGCCUGUCUUCAUGAGUGGGGUAAUCCUUCCUAGGUAUCUGAACUGGUUUGGUGUUGAAAGAGUUUAAAUGAAUAGAAAUCCUGCAGGCCCAGUCAAUACAUAUCUGAAGUUUCUGCAGUGGGAUUUAUUUGGGCAUAAUUUAUCCUUAGAAAAAUGAAUUUGUUACACUCUGUAGUAGUUUAUCAUUUUGUUGUUAAACAUUUGUAUUGUGAAAGUUCAAAGUAUAAACACAUGUAUGUGGAAUAAAGAAAAAACAUUUUUAAAGAUGAGCGUAUUUGAAAGACACUGAAGGUAAUGCUUUAAAAAAUAUAUGAACAUUUAGUACCUUGUGUAAACUGAAGGGUCUGUAAUCUGUGGGACUGAUCCCAAGUCAAUAUUUUACACAAUUAAAUUCUCACAAUUAAAUUCCCACAUUGCAAAAUUCUGUCAAUUGACAAAAAGCAACUGGAUGAUAUGAAUUGCAGUGUGUGAGAGUAAAAUGAGGACCAC